AUGCGUUGCACUUAUAUUGCGGCGUUGCUGCUGCUGUUACUGGGGACCGUUCAGGCGGCAACGGGGGUUGCUGCGGAGUACGGCGACCGCAGCCUUGCGAAGGGCAGCCGCGAUGAGCAAAUUGUCUUCUGGGAGGAGGAGAUCGACAGGCUGCGCGGCGGGGACAUGGCCAAGGCGUACCAGACCCUCUACUCGAGCCAGCUCGCCCUAGCUGAGGCGAGGAAGCAGAGUGGGUGGCUCUUCACAAGCGCAGAGGCCAAGGCCCGCAUUAAGAUGCUGGACGCGGAAUACGAAAAGAACCUGGCGGCCCUAACUGCGCUGAAGCAGGAGGAGGAAAGGAUGCUGGCCAAGGUGAAGCCGCUCUACGGUAUUGUCUCACGCCGGUUUGCGCAGGAGCAACGCCACGCCAUAGUGGACGCGGUGAAACAGGUGCAAGAGAUGAGCUACGUCCAGGCGUGGUACAACUCCCUCCUUGACCUUGGCAACUCUGAGACGCUCACGGACGUUAUUGUUGGCUUUCUUGGGCAGUGGCUGCUGGGCUACGUCGUCAUGUAUCAUUUUGCGGCCGUUUACUACGCACUUUGGACGGCGCCGUGGAACAUCUACGCCUACUCCUCUGGGCCGUCGGAUGUGCUCGUGGGAGUCCUUGCGUGGUGCGUGUGCGUCGCCAUCAUGCUGCUCCCGGUGCUGGCGCUUGUGGGCGGCUGCUUGUACUUGCGACGGUACUACGGUGACCGCGUGGCGGAGGCGCUGAACAGGGCCAGAAAUCGUGAACGAAGACGAGACUGA